ACGAAAAUGGCUCGCUCUUCCGUGUAUGCCGUACCGCGCUCGCCGCUCGCGCCGCAUGACCCCAACGCGAUCCUCGUCGCACAGCGCCCCGCCGCCGCCAAGCCGCAGACGCUCCGCUUCCACGAGCUCAUCGCGGGCGCCUCGCACGACCCGGCCUGGGCGCGGCGCAUCCUCUCCGCGCUCAGCGGCGCCGAGAAGUCGCUCCUCCGCGACACCCAGCCCGCCCUCACCGCCGCCAUCGCCACGCUCCUCUCCUCCUCGGAGCUUGUCGGCCAGGACCUCUUCCGGCUGACGACACACCUGCUCGCGAGCGUCUACUCGGCCGCGGGAUCCGACAGAGCGACCGGCCUCACUCCUCUGCUGGCGACGCUGCGCAUCCACAGCCCGCCGCAAGUCUACAGCGCGCCGUCGCAAGCUGCGGUGCCGGCCAUGUCGGAAGCGCGCGGCGGGGCGGAGAGGUGCGCCGCCUCUGUCGCAGUGGCUGGCCUGGAGGCGGCGCCGGCGGCCUGGGGGGCGAUGGAAGCGGCUCUGGCGGCGCUGCUGCUGGAGCAAUGCGACGCCGCGCUGCCGCCGAGCUGUGACGCGCCGCCGCAGCCUGCAGGGCGAGCGGGCGAGCCGAGCGGCGUCCGCCUGCCCCCCUCGCGGCUGGGCGAGGGUGGCGAGGAUGCCGGCCGGCCGGAUCUGUUGGACGCAGACCGCUGGGAGACGUUUCGUGCCGCCCUGCAGCUGCCAGCUCUGCAGCUGCAAGCUCAGCAGCUCGCCGGCAGCAUGCGGCCGCCCGAGACGUUCCUUGACGGGCCAGUUGGACUCGAGGAGCCAGUUGGACUCGAAGCGACCCACACACCGGACGAGUUUGGGAUGCGCAACACGUCCGCGCCUCUUGACGACCUCUCCGCGCUUCUGACGCUCGAGUACACGCCUCUCCUCGACGAGCCGCCCGCGCCUCCCCUCCUCCCGGCGGCAGCGGAGCGGCAGGCAGCGCAUCCGCUCGCGGGCCGCCGGCUCGUCGGCGCCAUCUCGACGCACCCUCGCCUCGUGUGGAAGCCUCAGCUCCCGCGCUGCCCCGCAAAGCCGGCAGCAAUUCAGGCGCCAUUCCUGGCAGACGCCACCGCGCGGCCGAUGCCCAGUGACGUCGAGCUGCGGGAGGCUCGCUGGCGCCGGGCAGGAGCCAGCUCGUUUUGGGAGAACCACGUUGAUCAUGGCGCAAUAGGGACGGACUCGGCCACUUUCAGCGGCCGUGUGAGCGCCGACAAAAGGGGUCCCUCUAAACUGAAAAAUGAGAGCCUUCGCACUGCGCGGCUCUGCGGGGAUAUCGCCUCCACGAUGCUCGAUGGUCGCCACAGCCACACCCACACUCUGAGUCACUCUGCGCUGAGAGAUGCACUCGCACUCUAUGCGAGUUGCAACUUUCUCGCGCCACCGUCCACCCUUCGUACGGCUGUGUGA